AUGAAAGGAAAGACAACCGUUGUAUCAGGCUCUUUGGCUGGGAUCGGCACCGCCAUUGCCGAGAAGCUUUCGAUGGGUAGAGCAAACAUAGUAUUGAAUUGUCCCUUUCCACAACUGCUGGCCGAAUGUGAGCAGGUCGGAGCGAAAAUGCAAACGCCUUGGAUAUCUGUAUGCGCCGACAUGUCAACUGUCUGGGGCCCUGCAGCCCUCGUCCCCGCCGCCGUGGCUCGCUUCAAGCAAAUCGAUAUUCUGGUCAGCAAUGCUGGUAUGAUACAGCUCGGGCCUCUCGGAGAGGCCAAUGCCGACACCUGGGAUCAGGCGCUCAAUCUCAACUCCAGAGGCGCGUUCCUCCUUGUCAAGGCCGCGCUGCCAUUCCAUUCUUCUAAACGAGGCGGAUUCCGAAUCAUCAUCGUAUCUUCUUUUGCUUCUCGGAUGCCCGAGGUGAAUCAGAGCAUAUACGCAGCGAGCAAGGGAACGCUGGAUGCAAUGAUCAGGGUAUGGGCUAGAGAGCUGCCUCCUGUGUACCGGUGCACUGUCAAAGCGGUUGCGCCGGGGUCAAUCAGCACAGAGACAUUCUUUAAGAUCAUCAGCUCUCGCUUCAAUAUAGUCAAGCAGGAAAUGGAUCUAAGAACAUCUAUCAAAGGCGCUUUCGGUGACGUUGAGAAUGUCGCAUUGACCGUUGCGUUUCUUGCCGAGGAAAGAUCUCAAUCGAUUAAUGGAGAAUACCUACUUCUCACUGGAAGUUGUUACAUCAAUUGGUUGUUACAUCAGCUAAUAGUGAGCAAAUGA